AUGGUUGAGCCGCGCCAUUAUCUCACCAAGCGCGAAAGAGCCCCUAAGAUUCCAUACGACUUCAACACCAUCAAGACGUGUACUUGGUGGUACGACAAUCACGAGGGCUUUUCGUGCAAAGAGAUCCGCGACUGUCGCUUCGGCAUCAGCCCCGAGGACUCCACCCGCAGGAAUCCGUCCGUGACACCCGACUGCGGCAACUGGCAGGAGCUGUCGUACGGCAUCCGGCCCGAUGGCGAGCAGAACAUAGCACAUUGUCCAUAUCUGACUCUACGACAACGACGACCAUACUGCCGCCGCAACUCCUACGACCAGCAAGCCGGCCCUGCUCGGAUAGACCUCUCUGGGCUGCUACGCCGUUGA